GACUCUCCCUCUGCCAAUCUGGAUCAUGUUAACGUUUUGCUCGCAGAAUACUGUUGUGCGUUCUAGCAACGCUGAUCAAGUAUAACGAAACCAAAAUGACAGAACUUGGCAUGGAGCCUUCUGUGACAGAAAGGACAGAGUUUACCAAUGUAUCCCUUGAUGCAGAGGCUCCACCAGUGAAGAAGAAACAACCGAAAAGAAUUCUGCACUUUAGUGAUGGCAUCCUGGAAGAAUACUCAACAGACGAGGAGGAAGAGGAAAAGAAACCCACAGAGCCACUUGUAAACCCUAAAUCACUGACAUGGGUUCCCUGGUUUUGGUAUUAUACAGUGUUAGCAGCCUCAAAAACUUUAAAAGGAGCCGAUUUCUGUGGAGAAAAGUUGGCUUGGUUUUUCGGAAUCACAACACCAAAGUAUCAGUAUGCAAUAGAUGAAUUUUACAGAUUGAAAGAAGAGGAGGAGAAAGAAAAUGCUAGACAAGAUAAGAUAUUGAAGAAGUUGGAGGCACAAACAUUAUCAAGUGUAGAUAUAGGUGUUGACUUUAAAGGUGUUCCGUCCCAAAAAAUGCCAAGUGGUAACAUCUUGGAAAAUGUGGAAAAAUACUGACCUGGUAAUAAAAUGUUCUUGUAAAAAAUUAAAAUCUGACACUGAUUUUCUGAAAGUAGUUUUUGCUGACAAGUGUAAGUCAGCAUGUCACAUAAAUAAUUUUGAAACAAUUCGGUUUGUUCUCGAUUUAGUGUACACGACAAAAACUACUUUGUAAGAAAAUUAUGAUCAGAAUUAAUUAUUUUCAAGACCAGUUGUCUGUGAUACUACCAUAAAACCUUGUGGAUCUGAUGGAAGACAGUGAAAAAUUGUGCUUAGAGUAAAAAACACUUUAAAGAUGUGAAAUCUUAAAAACCAUUCCUCAUCAACUCUGGAAUAAUUAUUGCCUGAAGCCAGUCCGGACAAGCAAGGUGUGCCCAUUGACAUAGAAUCUUGUAUUUUGCAACAGAUUUGUUUAGGCUCCGAUUCAAAAUGGGGCUGUGUGAUAAAUUUGUUAAACUGUGUCAGUAUAGGUAUUUCUGUACCAGUAAUUAAUUUGAAGUUAAGCAUGAUCAUUGAUGAACAAAUUAAUAUUUGUUCAAUUGCUAUAUAAUGUUAGAACCAAAUUGAGUUUUAAAUUGUAGACUUAAUCUCAGGAAAAAAAAAAAACUUAGAUUUUAGACUUUUACAUGUUUAUUAUCACUACAAUCAAACAGAUCAUUACAAUGAGGUUCAUUCGUAUAUGAUUUUAGUUAAAUUUAUGCUACGCAAAAGCUCAAGCCAUGGUGGUCAUAGGUAGACAAAUGAAACCAGACUAUUGCAAUAUUUAAUGGAACAUCUGGAAGAACUGAACAAAUUUCAACUUUAGAAAAUGUGUAUCUCGGAGUGUGGUGGAAAACUUGACAAGCAACAGAACAAAAUAUUUCUUCUGCGAAAUAUCAGUGGUCCUACAUUUUGUGAAAUUGUAACUAUUAUAAGUCCCCAACCAAUGUGUAUGUGUACAUGUAGUAUAACUGUGUAUCAUGUACGCGAAUCAACUCAAGGGAAGUAACUCUCAUUUAUAACGUGUUAAAGGGAGACUAAUAUGUCUCGACUAUUACUGUUGGUUUCUUGUGUUAUGGUGAAAACCAGAACGAACGUUUCUUGAAAAGAGUUUCCCCCAUUUUGGUAAUUCAUUGUUUAGUUAUUUAUUCAAAAAUCAAUUGAUUUUAAUUGUUUGUUUUGUUGUGAAGACAAGAGUGAUACUCGCUGCAUAAAUGGAUGUUUUAAUUUAUUAA